UAUUGAAAAAACGGAAGUAUUUCAAAGGCGGAACCAUGCGUAUAACCUUACGUUGGCACUAGAUCCACUACUCAGCCUAUCACGUAAAUCGACCUGAAGUUUGAGAGACGCGCUGACAAUCAUGGCGUUGCGACGGGGAUUGGACUCACAGAUAGUUAUAAUAGGAUCAGGAAUAUCAGGCAUUGCUGCGGCACAGAAACUGGUGAAAUAUGGAUUUCAUAACGUGCGAAUCCUUGAAGCAACUGCAAGAAGCGGAGGAAGGAUCAAGACGGGCAAAUUCGGUAAUAACGUCAUCGAGAUAGGGGCUAACUGGAUUCACGGUCCGUCGGAGGAGAACCCGGUGUUCUGCCUGGCCCGAGAUUACGGCCUCCUGGAGCCGGAGGCUCUCCUUCCUGAGAACCAGACUGUGGACAUCGAAGGACACCCGCCCUGGGUGUCUAACUGGUUCAGCAGUUCAGGUACGAAGCUCAAGACAGAGGACCUGAAUCCUGCGCUGGAGCUGUUUGGAGAGAUUCUGCAAGAAGCCGGACAGUUUGUGAGCAAGGGAGUGGAAACCCACGCCAGUAUGGGGGACUUCAUACGCACCGAGGCGCGGCUGCGAGCCGAGCAGCAGUGGCAGGCGUCGGCCCCCCGGACGCGGGCCCAGCGGAUGUGUCUGAUCAGUAACCUGCUGAAGGUGGAGUGCAGUGUCAACGGCAGCGCCUCCAUGGACCAGGUCAGCCUGGCCGCCUUCGGCCUCUACAAGACGCUGCCCGGCCUGGACUGCACGUUCACUCACGGCUACGAGGGCGUGGUGAAGAACCUGCUGGCAGAGCUGCCCGGCGGGGCGGUGUCCUACCGGCGACCGGUGAGCUGCGUGCGCUGGAGUAACACUGGGGGGGGCGACCAGCCGGUCACCGUGGAGACGGAGGACGGAGAGAGGGUCAGCGCUGACCACGUGAUCGUCACGGUGCCCCUAGGGUACCUAAAGAGGCACCAUGCGACGCUGUUCAGUCCCCCUCUCCCUUUGCACAAGCAGCACUCAGUGCAGAGAAUGGGUUUCGGGACCAACAAUAAGAUCUUUGUGGAGUUUGACUCUCCGUGGUGGGACGCGGACUGUGGGGUCAUUCACCUGCUGUGGGAAGACGAGGAAGAUCUGGUUGAUCAAGUAGCAGAUGUGAAGAGGUCCUGGAUCAAAAAGCUGUUUGGCUUCACCGUGGUCACGCCUGCUGAAAGGUACGGCCACGUUCUGUGCGGCUGGAUUGCCGGCCACGAGGCCGAGUACAUGGAGACACUAACCGAGCAAGAGGUCACGCGGGAAGUCACGCAACUCAUCCGCACGUUCACCGGGAACCCCAUCGUCACCCCGCGGCGGGUGCUUCGCUCCCAGUGGUUCCAGGACCCCUGGACCUGCGGCUCGUACACGUACCCCGGGAGGGGCUGCUCCGCUCAGGACCUGGCCAACCUCAUGGAGCCCCUGCCCGCUGAGGGGGCCGCCCCGUCUCCGCCCUUGCAGGUGCUGUUCGCUGGGGAGGCGACCCACCACUGCUACUACUCCACGGUCCACGGGGCGCUGCUGUCCGGCUGGCGGGAGGCGGACCGCCUCAUCGCUCACUACUGCCCCCCCGGCCCCCCCGGGCCCCCGCAGCCUCGCCGCUCCAAGCUUUAAUCGCCUCGUCGCUGGAGGAUGGCGCCGGUGUCCUGGUACUCGGUCCACACUGGAGGGGGAACGUUGGACAGCGGUCUCUCCACCCCGAUGUCGACAAGACGUGACUGAAGUGGAUCGAAGAAGUCAACAAAUCAAGGGAUCAUGAUUGUUUUUAUAUUGGUUGAUUCUGUGAUGAUAGAAAUCCCAACCGUCACAUUUCAGAGAUGGAUGGAUGAUAGGGUCAGGCUCUUUCCCGAUAGAACGGGACAGCACGGUUGUCUAAUUAUUAUGUUGUGGUACUGAGGUGCACGGUGUUCAUAUCAGUACCGUUUCUCGUUAUAAGUGCUUUCUCUAAACGUCUAAUGAUCUGGGGUCAUGCUUGUGGGCCACUGCGGUUAUUUGAGGAUCGUUAAUUUGAUCUGAUGUCAGCCAAUCAGUGGGAUGUGCAUGAGCAAGAGCCUAUGAUAGUGAAGGCUCUGAAAUAGCAGCUAGCACAAUCAGUAUGAGUGAGCUAAAUAAAGAAUGAACAAAACAAAAAUAACUCCUGCAUGUGAACGACAAUCCAAUUACAGACAGAUUGAAAAACUCACUUUUUGCCUUGUCUGUGAUCGAUGUAUUAUUACUAUUAAUUUAUUGUUUGUGUUGUUUGUGACUGAACUUGUAAUUAUAUGCAUUUUUUAUAAUCAAAUAUUUUUACAAUGGUAAUUCCCUAAUCCAUAUUAUUAAAAAAAAGAUUUAUUCUGGUGCAGCAUU